AUGUCUGUCUGCUCCAGCGACGUGAGCUACAGCAGCCGGGUCUGCCUGCCCGGUUCCUGCGACUCCUGCCUGGACCCCUCCUGGCAGGUGGACGACUGCCCAGAGAGCUGCUGUGAGCCCCCCUGCUGUGCCCCCAGCUGCUGUGCCCCAGCCCCCUGCCUGACCCUCAUCUGCACCCCAGUGAGCUGUGGGCCCAGCCCCUGCCAAUCAGUCUGCACCAGCUCUUGUGAGUCUCACUGCCAGCAGUCUAGCUGCCAGCCUGCUUGCUGCACAUCCUCCUCCUGCACAUCCUGCUGUGUGCCCGUCUGCUGCAAGCCUGUCUGCUCUGUGCCCAUCUGCUGUGGGGUCUCCCCCUGCCAGGACACUUCCUGCUGCCAGCAAUCUAGCUGCCAGCCUGCUUGCUGCACAUCCUCCCCCUGCACGUCCUGCUGUGUGCCCGUCUGCUGCAAGCCUAUCUGCUCUGUGCCCACCUGCUGUGGGGAUUCCUCCUGCCAGGACACUUCCUGCUGCCAGCAGUCUAGCUGCCAGCCUGCUUGCUGCACAUCCUCCCCCUGCACAUCCUGCUGUGUGCCCGUCUGCUGCAAGCCCGUCUGCUGCAGACCCUCCUCCUGCGUGUCCCUCCUCUGCCGCCCCGUGUGCAAGCCUGCCUGCUGCGUGCCCCCCUCCUCCUGCUGUGCCCCCACCUCCUCCUGCCAGCCCAGCUGCUGCCGCCCGGCCUCCUGCGUGUCCCUCCUCUGCCGGCCCGCGUGCCCCCGCCUGGCCUGCUGCGGCCCUGCCUCAGCCAAGAAGUCCAGCUGCUGA